AAUCCAAUAUUCACAGAAUUUUCUAUCAUUUUUGAUUUGGUUCUCGACCAUUACAGUCAUUCGUCAUUCAUUAGUUUCAUAAGUGUUAUUCAUUUUUUUGUUGAAAAUUAAAAAUUUGACAUUUGUUUUUUUUUGACAAAAUUGUCAAUAUUAACUAAAUUCAAUAAAAAGCAAAUAACGAUUUCGAUUAAAAUCAUAUCAUCAUUAAUUUCCGGUUUUUAUUUAAAAUCUAUCCAUUUCAAUUAAGACGCUUAAACACACUAUAAUCAUAUAACCAGAUUCUUUUCUUUUCUUCCAUCUUGACAUCGUAUUUUCUUUUUUCUUUGUUCUUCUUUUUGUAUAUUCUGUUUCGUUAAUCGAUUGAAUUGAUUUAAGUGAAUCAUACGCCUAUAUUGUUAAAAACGAUCGAUAUUAUUAUCAUUCACUUGGGCUACGAUCAUAAUCGAUGGCAACAACGAACUGCUCAACUAUUGAAAAAAUGUCUUGUCAAAAAGAAUUUUCAUAUAAUAAUGUUUCAAGCAGUAAAUGUCUAUGUAAUCAUCAUCUAAACAAUGGUGAUGAUAAUGGUACUCAACAACAAAAAUAUCGAUUAUUACGAUUUUGUAGAAAAUUUCCUACAGCUGACCAGAAUAUAUCAUCAUCAUCAUCAUCAUUAUCAACGACAUUUUUAUUCAAAUAUCAUCAUCAUAAUCAUUAUCAGAAACGACAUUUAUCAAUCAUCAUGAACAUCUUUAUGAUUGUAUGUUUUGCAUAUCUUUCCAUAUCCGAAGUUGCCUUUUGUUUUCCUGAAAAUAAAAAUUCGCAUUUCAAUAUCAACAAAAUUCAACCAAAUUAUUAUAAUCAUGAUAAAAAUGAUCAAUCUGUUACAAUCGGUUGGCAGAAUAUUCAACAUGAUGAUCAAAAUUAUAAUCAAUUUAAUCGUGAUGUUAUUGUUGUUGAUAAUAAAAUCGUAAAUCGACGAUCAAAACGAGAAUUAUUCAUAUUGCCUGAAAAUGAAAAUGUUGUCGUCAAUAAUAAUGAUAAUGUUAAAAGUAGUAUUAGUUCAAAUAACAAGCGACGGGAAAAUCAUGGGAUAAAUCAAACCAUUGAUGAAUAUUGUCCAUCAAAAGAAUGCUUCCGUAAAGUGGCCAAUUUUGAACGUUUUCUACGAUUAUAUGCACAGAAAAAUCAACACUUAACACAAUUUGAAUGUGUACUUCGAGAUAUUUUCUUCAAUUGCAUCAAAGCAUCAGCACGUAAACAACCGAAAAAGCCGUGUAAAAAGAAACGUUAUAGUCAAACCAAAAAACGUAUCGCUAAACUUUUAUCCGAUACUCGUCUUUGUAUUGGUGCUUGAACAUCAACAUUAUCUCAUCAUUUUCUAUUGCUGGAUUCACUUACUAAAUACAUUGAAGCAUUCAUGUCAUAAUUACAUCCAAUAUUCAUUGUUAAAUUGUAUCUAUUUCUCGAAAAUUAUUUCUACUAACCAUACUUCGAGAAAUUCUAUUAUUAAUCUAAAAUCUACUGUAACAAUUCAGCGAAUCAAAUCUGUAAACCAAUUGU